CGACAUGGUGCCGAGCCGGUUCGUGGACCCAGCAGCUGGCAGGCAGGUUUCGUGCAGCGGUAAAGUUAGCCGUGCUAGCCGAGCUGACAUGGCGAGCUGUGAUGGCGACGUGACUCAGUAGAGCUGGAAGCGGAGCGGGAAGCAAAGCUGCCCGUCCUGACACGGUGCAGUUUCACCAAGCCAGCAGUGUUAAAUGGACAUGUCGGCUCCUAGGUGGUUGAUCGAAGUAAAGGCUGGUGGCUAAGUUGUUUCUGUCACAUAUUUCAGCAGAUCCUGACGGAGAGAGGGGGGCGGCUGCACCGAGCCAGAAAAGAACGCCUCAGCUGCCAGAAGUGGCUGGCUAGUUGUCAGCCAGACGUUGAGAGCUGGACUCCAUCACAUAGCCACAGAGAUGAAGGCAGCGGAUGAGCCUGCCUACCUGACUGUGGGGACAGAUGUCAGUGCUAAGUACAGAGGAGCAUUCUGUGAGGCUAAAAUCAAAACUGUUAAACGCUUGGUGAAGGUCAAGGUAACUCUGAAAGGUGAAACAACCUCCCAGGUGGUGCAGGAUGACCAGGUUAAAGGACCCCUGAGGGUGGGCUCGAUUGUGGAAGUGAGGACUAAUGAGGGUUUAUCCAGUGAGGCCAUAAUCAGCAAGCUCACAGAUGCCAGCCUCUACACUGUGGUGUUUGAUGAUGGUGACGAGAAGACCCUUCGUCGUACAUCCCUGUGCUUGAAGGGGGAGAGACAUUUUGCAGAGAGUGAGACAUUGGACCAGUUGCCCCUCACAAACCCAGAGCAUUUCGGCACCCCAGUCAUUGGAAAAAAGUCCAAUCGCGGUGGGCGUCGUUCGUCCCAGGCAGUUGCGGAAGAGGAGAAUGACUCUUCAUCAAGUGAGGAUCUGGAAGACGACAGCAGGAGACUAAAUGACGAGUUGUUGGGGAAAGUAUGCAGCAUCGAAAAUGAGGAGGAUCCUUGCAACUGCUAUCUGGCUCUGGUUGUGUCUCCCAGCUGUAAUGAUGAGCUUGUGGUGAAGAAGGAUCAGUGUUUGGUCAGAUCCUUCAGCGAUUCAAAGUUUUGCAUUGUGGCAAGACGAUGCGUCCACUUUAUCAACAGUGUCACCACCUCAAAGUCUGACUAUUCUAAGCAGAGAGGUUACGAAGCAGCCCUCAUGUUCCUGAGGAGCAGAGAGGUCCCAGAUACGUGGAAGAUGGAUAUGAGUCAGAUCCUGGACUCAUCCACCAGUGAUGACGAUGAGGAUGAUGAUGAGGAGGAGGAGGAGGAAGAGGAGGAGGAGGAGGAGGAGGAGAAAGACAGUGAUGAUGAUGAGGACAAUGAAGAAGAGAAGCAAAAGAAACAUCUCAAGGAUGAGCCGGAGGAGGAGCCAGAUCCUGAGGAGAGAGACCGCUUCUUGCAGCAGCUAUAUAAAUUCAUGGAGGACAGAGGAACUCCAAUUAACAAACCUCCAGUAUUGGGUUAUAAGGACCUGAACCUUUUCAAGCUCUUCAGACUAGUCUACCAGCUGGGAGGCUGCCGAAAGAUUGAAAGCAGCUCCAUAUGGAAGCAGGUUUACAUGGACCUGGGCAUUCCUGUCCUCAACUCUGCUGCUUCCUACAAUGUCAAGACUGCCUACAAAAAGUACUUGUAUGGUUUUGAGGAAUACUGCCGCUCUGCCUCAAUCACCUUCAGAACCAUCCAUCAUAACAACCCCUGCCCUCCCACCACGUCUGCCACUCAGAAGAUGGGAGGCACAGAGCUCCAACAACCCUCCAUGCUGCCAACAAAGGUGGAGCCUCUUGUGGAGACGGGGAGUGAGAGUGAAAAGGAGCUGAAAGAGAGACAGUCUUCCCCACGGGGAAGAAGGAGGUGUGCAGGGAGCCAGGUGAAGACUGAGAGAGAUUUCUCCUCCAGACUGGAGAAGAGAGCAUCUGAAGGAGAAAACGGUGCUGAGGAGCAGAAGGAGAUGCGUAGACGCAGCAACCGCCGGCAGGAUGACUCUGAGAGAGGCUCGGAAGAGGAGGAGGAUGAUGACAAUGAAGAUGAUGACGAUGAAGGGGACAGGGUGAGAGGAGUGAGGAGUGGGGAUGAUGAGGAUGGGGACUCGAUCACGGGGACAAAGGUGAGGGUAAAGUACGGCAGAGGAAAGACUCAGAAGAUCUAUGAGGCACACAUCAAGAAGACUGACAUGGAUGAUGGAGAGCAGUACUAUUUGGUGCACUAUUAUGGCUGGAACGUCAGAUAUGAUGAGUGGGUGAAGGCUGACCGGAUCAUCUGGCCUGCAGAGAAAGGAAUAAAGAGAAGAUGGAGGAAGAAGGUAAAGAUCAAAGAAAAAGAUGAGCUGGACAAGGAGGAAGACAAAGUGACACUGGUGAUAAAGCCUGUUGGUGCAAAGCGGGGUCGUCCUCAAGUCAGGACCACACCCGGCUCAACCAGCCGCAGCGUCUCCAAAACGCCCAGCAGCGACGGCAGGUUCAAUGGCAAGAACAGCAGGAUGGAGACUUCAUCCAGCAUGGCCAAUGGAGACAACACUGCGAGGAGGAGAACCAGGAGGACGUCUGGAAUGUACGACUCUGACAGAGUGUCUAACGAGGAUUCUGCAAACUCAUCAGAGGACAGCGAAUCAGAGGAGCCAUCUGGCAAAAAAACAUCACCGUGGCGUGGCAGGAUGGAAGCCCCACUCUGUCAUGAAGAGGAGCAGGUGGACAAGGAGGAGGAAGAGCAGAAGCACGAGGUUGCCAAAGCAGUCAGUCUCACUGUUCCCUUUUGUAGCACUUCUGUCACUUCAGCAACAGCAUCAACAUGUCAGCUGCCAGCAGUCAUUGUGCCACCCUGUCCCAGCGUGCCUCAGGAGGAAGCUGACAGAUCACUUACCCCACCAGAAAACCAGGCGCUGCACAAGGAUGAAGAGCCUCUGGUGGAAGCCACUAUGUUGCCCGUUCACCUUGAGAGCAAAAUAUCCCCAAUACAAGAACAUGUUAAGAAGACAUCUUCUAUUCAAGAGGAACAAAACCUGACAUCUCCUGUGCAGGAUGUGUUUGACAGGAUGUCUCCUGCUGUAGAAAACGUCAACAAGACUCUCCUGACGCCUGAAAGAGCCGCCAAGGCGCCGUCACUACCUGAUAAGCUAAAUAUGUCUCCCAGCGCUGCAGACAGCCUCAAAAUAUCUCCCAGCCCUGAGAAGCAACCACAGGUUUCUUCUCCUCAACCAGAAGCAGCUGAAAAUCACGAGAGCAGCUCCACGCCCUUGUCUUCCCCAAGGGCCAAAGGUCGCAGGGCCAUUCUUAGGGAGGCCGGUUCUGACACUCCUUCCAGAAUCUCCUUCUGCACUGCUGCCAGCACAACUACUCUCAGCCAACCUGCUGCCACUGCUGCUGCCGCCAGCCCCAGCCACACGACUGCGCUGUCUCCUCCUCGCGCUGUCCUGAAGCGACCAGAUGAGCCAAUGGUAGUCCUCCACUGUCUCCCUGCACAACACCUCCCCACAGAAUUUCCCCCAGCUGACUCUGACACUGAUUCAGCCUCAGAGGAGGAUGAGCAGCUGCCCUGUGAUUCCAGUUUGGAAGACAACAGAAGUUGCAAAACUCUGAAGCGUAAAGCAUCAGAGCACAGGACACCUGAGAAGAAGCUCAGAUCAGACAGACGGCAAGAGGAGGUCAAACCCGCCUCCCCAAAAGCUCCCUCAGGUUCUCUAAAGACAUCUGCCGGAGGCUCACCCAAAACGGUGCCAUCGCCUUUCCGCAGGGUGGAGGUAGAGAGGCAGAGUGAAGUAGUGAUGAAAGGGGAGGACUUCAUCAAAUCAGUGGAAGAAAAGCCAAGGGAGCCAAUAAAAGAGCAUCAGACAGGCAGAGUGGUGAAGGAGCCAGAGGUGAAUGCUGCAAAACCUCCUCUCGCUCCGGUAGCUUCACGCCCUGCUGUUUUUGUGGAGGAGCUCAUGCCGCAGAUCGGCCCCGAGGCGCUGGUGUGCCAUGAAGUCGACCUAGAUGACCUGGAUGACAAGGAGAAGCCCACAGCCUCCUCAGGAGAGCACCUCCUCCUAUUGAUGAGACAGCAGAAUAUUCAGCCACAAGCCCAACUGCCACACCUCCUCCAUGCCUCCCUGCCCUCCUCCCAUGCCCCACACCUCCCCCAAACGCAGGUCAGACCCUUCCUCUCAGCUGCUGCACCCAGCUUGACUCUCUGCACUGAAGAGAUCUCCCCCACGCGGAACACAGCGGAGUUGGAGCCGGGAGGUGCAGUCAGCAGGGAGCCGCAAGAGGGCGACACAGACUCGAGUCAUGGCUUUGAGGGCAGCGGCUCCUCCUCCACCUCCUUAUUGUCCCUGCAGGAAUCCAAGGACAGAGGUCCAAAGAGGCCGUUAGAAUGUAACUCCAGCCUGUCAGGCAAGAAACACAAACGCAGCCAGAAACGACCACACUUACCAGGAAAAGUGGAGAAAAAUGGAGCAGGUCACAGCAGCGACAGCGAGGACCAGACUCAUCUCUCGUCUCUGUCAAAGCCUCAGAAGACUUGUUGUCCUGGAUUGUCAUCUCCGUCUUCGCACAGCAAGGACAAGCACAGCCUGUCCUCCCCCCAGCGCACUUACAAGUGGACAUUCCAGCUCGGUGAGUUGGACAGCAUGUCGAGCACAGAGAGGAUCUCCUUCCUGCAGGAGAAGCUGCAGGAGAUCAGGAAAUACUACAUGACCCUCAAGUCAGAGGUGGCUUCCAUUGACAGACGCAGAAAGAGACUAAAAAAGAAAGAAAGAGAAGUGUCAACCACCACGGCGUCCACCUCCUCCGGCGGCUCGGACACCGGGAUGAGUCCAUCCUCAGCCUCGCCUGCUCAGAACACUGUGGCUGUGGAGUGCAGGUGAUGACACGCCUUGCCAGACUCCGCCUCUCCGUCAACUGAUUUCUGCUCGGCGUCAUCCCGGUUCAGGCGAUCUUCCUCCACCAGCUCAACUGUGACAGUAUGAUGGGAGGAAAAUCCCCUCAGCCUGCGUGUUCUCAACAUCGUCAUCAUCAGCUGUUAAAACUGUGGAAGGAGCAGCUGGUGCAUUAUGGGAAACGCCUGCAGUGAAACGUGUCACCUCUGUGUACACACGUACGUAUACACACACACACACACACACACCUCUACCUACCUGUGACUCGUGUUGCGUGAUGUUAUGCAACGACUGAGCAGGACGUUGGUUCAACGACUCUGAUGCUGAUUGCUGACGUCGCGUCACACCUCAACACGGCUGUGUGUGUGUACCUGUAGCCCCGCCCCUCUCUGGACUAAGUUCCUGUUUGAGACAGAACUGUUCCAGCUGCCCCACAGCACUUCCCCCACAGUGUCAUCGCUGCUGCUCAUCUGUUAAACAGGACUGUUUAAGUAAAAUGUGAUAGCCAGGUAAGGUCAAAGGUCAUCUGAGUUUGUUUGCCUGCCGGGCCAAACCUAAAGAGCAGAAACAAAUAUUUCCUGAAGCAGCACAGCCCAAUAUGCAAAAGUUUGUUAUUGCUCUUUUUAUGAAAAACAAAUUUACUGACUUCCUCCUGUGAGAUUUUUUUUUUUAAAUCAGAGAAUUUAUUUUGGUAAAAGCAAAAAUUUUCCAAAGUGUCUAACCUCAGUGUGACACAAGUUCGAUUAAAAAAUUUGUAGACCUGAACUUUUUUGUGUAAAGUAAUUCAAAUAAGAUAUCUGCAGCUUAUUAAAUAUUUAUUGUAUCUGUGGACAAGUGUUUUUUUUUUUUUUUUUUUUUAUGCAGUACUGACUGCAGUUCUGGGUCUCUGUUGCAGUACUUCAAGGAUCCUUUGAGUGGCAGAAACAGACAAGCGGCGUCUCAACAUUUCUUUUGUACAUAAGCUUCCAAGUAAAAAGAAUAAAACCACACCAUGUAUUUAAUACAUUUUACAUGACUGUAAAGAAUUAAUUAUUUUUUAAAAGAUCUGUUUCUAUUGUUGUA